AUGGCGGAUCUCGCAGGCGUGCCGGAAGUGCCGACAUGCCGUAUAUGCCGCAGUGAAGAAGAGCCGGGCGCGCCGCUGUACCAUCCAUGCCGGUGCACGGGCAGUAUCCGGUACUGCCACCAGGACUGCUUGAUGCAGUGGCUGCAGCACAGCCAAAAACGGUACUGCGAGUUAUGCAAGUACGACUUUAUUUUUCACAAGCACUAUAAGCACACGAUGCCCGACGGCUCUUUUCCGCCGUGGCUGUAUGCACGGUUCAUCGGGUGGCGUGCGCUGCAGAUCGCCGCGUACAUUCUUCGUGUCGUGUUUGUGGGGUUGGUGUGGCUUGUGCUUGUCCCAUACACCUCGUACAAGGUCUGGUGCAUGUACUUUCGCAUCAGCGACCGCAUCGUAGAUGCGGUGCAAGGCACACGGAGCUACGACGCCACACACACACAGCCAAACACGGCAAAUUUGCUCCCGCAGCGCCUGAGCGAGGAGCGCAUGGCCGACUACACGUACCGCGCCGCGCGAGUCUUGGUAGAAACCAUCUACGACGAGGUCACUUCCGAGUGGCCACGCUCUGCGUUUGUCACCGCCGCCGUCAUGGUCUCGUUUGUGGCCGUUUUUCUCCUCCGCGAAUGGGUUUUGCAGUACCAGCACGAAACCCUCGAGCAUCGUCCGGCGCCCGAAGAGGAGCAGCCAAACGCCGCGCGCGAUCGCAUCCGCGCUGCUGCUUUGCACGCUGCACAGGCGCGUGCGGAGCGUAUGAUGGCCGCCGAUCCCAUGCACCUGCUUGUCCAGGACCUUGCACAAAACGCGCCACAGCGCUUGGACACGGCGUGGGCUGCAGAGCAUGCAGACGCGCCCGAAGAAUACGCAAUGCACCCAGCACCGCCGCAGCUUGCGCCGAACGAUGAGGAGGGUUCGCUUGCGCGCGCGCCUGCGCGCACCUUUCCCCACGAUGACGACUCGGCGUGGGAGGACGAGAGCGAGGGAGGAAACGAGCCGGGCCAAGUCGCGCUCGAGCCCGCGCCGCUCGACGACGAUGACGACGACGACGACGACGACGACGAAGGGGAUAAUUUGUGGGACGACAACGCGGACAUGGGCGAGGACCUCGACAGUAUUAUGCAAGUCAUUGGCCUGCGCGGCUCUCUCUGGGGCUUUACGCAAAGCGUGCUCAUCUUGCAGGCCCUCGUCGUGGUCAUCAUUUCUGUAUUUGUUAUUUUCCCCUACCUCCUCGGGCGCCUUUUCGGCUUCCGCUUCACCGAGGCACUCCUUCUCCCCGCCGCGCUGCUGCGCCGCAUCACCGACCCCGUCUUUGAGUUUUUGCUGGACCGCAUUGCCGGUGUGCUGCGCCUCACAAAAGCCAUUUUCCCACAGUUUCUACGCGCCGCGCCGCACACGCAAAGCCCCGUGCUUGGGCUGCAUGUGCCACAUACCCAAACCGCGCCGCUUGCACGCUUUGUGCGGCACUGGGCGGGCGGAGUGGCGCGCCUUGCGCAAACACUGCAGGACUGCACGCGCGGCACCCGCAUUUGGGAACGUGGGCUGUGUGUCGUCCUUGGCCAUGCGUACAUUGUGAUGGGCCUCUUUCUCGAGACGCAGCUUGGCGUCUACAUCCACGGCCUGCAUUUAUCCUGGCCAAAACACGCGAUGAAGCAGUACACGACUAUCUUCAAGGUCCUCGCCUUUUCCGUCAUCGACCUUGUCUUCUUUCCCCUGUUCUGCGGCACGCUUCUCGAGUGGUGCCUAUUCCCGCUUUUUCCCGGCGCAUCGAUCGCCCGCAUGCUGGGCGAUGCACGCGCCGCGCCGUUUUCCUUUAUCCUGUGUCGCUGGACCGCCGGCACAGUGUACAUGUUCCACUUUGCGCAAUUCGUCACUGCAACGCGCGCCGUCGUCCGCCCCGGCGUGCUGUGCUGGAUGCGCGAUGCAAGCGAUCCCGAUUUCCAUCCCAUCCGCGAGAUUCUCGAGACGCGCGCGACACUGCAGCUGCGCAAGCUCGGCGACUCGAUGAUUAUGUACAGCGCAAUCGCGGUUUGUUUGGCGGGCGCAUCGCUCCGCGCAGUGUACUAUGCGCUGCCAAAUGUGCUGCCGCUGCACUGGCAUCCACUCACCCCUGUCCUCCACGUCCCUGUCGACCUCCUCCUCCUCCAGCUCGGCUUGCGCGUCGUGCUGAAGCAAGCGCGCGCGCGCGUGCGUGCGAAGCGCUACUUUCGCUACUGGUGGAUAUGGGCGGCGCGCCGUGUGCGUUUGAGCGCUUUUCUCAUGGGCGACGAUUUGCCGGAAGAGCAUGGGCACGUUGCGCGCGGCGGCUGGCUUGCGCGCAUGCUCGGCACCGCGAGCGAAAAGCAUGCCCAGUUUAUUCACGACGGAGGCUACGCGCGCGUUCCUGCCAAUGACCACCCAGCGCCGAAUGCGCUCUUGUUUAUUCCCACAGACCUGCAUGGCGCGCCGCUCGACGAGGAGGGGCGUGCUGCGCUGGAAAAGCAGCGUGCGUCGAUCGCGACGAUGGAAAAGCACAAGGCACUCUACUCGGUAGUCUACAUUCCCCCCAAUAUCCGCCGCCGUGUGCUGGGCUUGCUGGGGCUCUUGUGGGCGAGUGUGUUUUGCGCAAUGCUCGGCGCGCUGUUUGCGCCGCUCUUGCUCGGGCGCGGCAUUAUGCACCUCGCCGGCUUGGGCGGCGUGCACGAUAUGUAUGCGCUGUAUACUGGCUACGUUGCGCUCAUUGCCCUUGUGUGUGUCGGUGUCGGCGGGCGCCGCGCGGUGCUUUCUGCACAGCAGCGGACGCUCCGUGUAUAUGCCUCGCAUGCUGCGCGCCUUGUAUUCCACAUUUCCACUGCGCUGGGCCUUGUGCCGCUGCUUGUGGGACUCGUAUUUCACCAAUACUUGAUUCCAGUGCAGCAAUAUACCACCGAGGGCAUCCCGCAGCUCAACGUGCUGCAUGCCUGGGCGCUGGGACUCAUCUUGCUCUAUCUCGCGCUGCUGCUUACCCUGUUUGUCGCGCCGGACUAUGCACCGACGCUCUGGGACAUGCUCGAAAUGCUCCAGACAGGAAGUGUGUGGCACGUGCCGGUGCUUGUGGGCUGGACGUGGCUGGUGAGGCCGGCGCUUGUGCUUGCACUGCCGCUGAUUGCUGCGCCGUAUCUGUGUGCUGCGUUCGCGCUGUGGAUCGCCGGGAAGCUCGCUGCCGCUGCGGCGGUGCAGCAGCUGUACUUGCGCUGCGCGAAUCUGGGGAUUGCAUCCUUGCUGCUCGGAUUCGCAGCGUGGCAUUUCAUUCUGCGUCGGUUGCGCUACUGGACGAGCGUGCUUCGCGACGAGCUAUUUUUGGAGUCCACCGAGCUUUGCAACUUUACCGAGCACCCCGCCGAGGGGCCGUUUCUGGGGCCGCUUCCGCAUAGCAUGGUCCGUGGGGGAUAG